AUGCCAGAAAUGGCCCUGUCUCCAAAUGAGACAAGCUUCAACAUGGCGAUCCAUGCCUGCGCUACUUCUCGGCAGUGGCAGCUAGCAGUGGCCCUCUUGGAAUCGAUGCGGUUCGAUCGGCUCGACUGCUGUGCUAUCAGUGUAGCUGCAGCGAUGUCCGCAUGUGAGAGGGCUUUUCGGUGGCAAGCGGCGCUCAGCAUUUUUGGUCAAAUUGGAUCUUGGAAUGUUGCAGCCGACCUGAUCGUCUUUGCCACUGCAAUUGCUGCAGUUGAGAAAUGUUCGAGGUGGCUAGCUGCCCUGGACCUGAUCAAGGCAGCUGCCCAGGCAGCCCUUCAGCCAGAUGUCAUUUGCUUCAAUGCUGCUAUCAGUGCAUGUGGGAAGAGUGGAGAAUGGCAAGCAGCACUCGCUCUACUGGCAAGAAUGGAAUCCCCGGAUCAAAUCAGCUACAAUGCUGCCCUAGCAGCCGUGAGCAAAGGUGGGCUCUGGCCGCUUGCAAUUGGGAUUCUGCAACGUUCGAAGACAGAUGUUGUUGCGUUCAGUGCAGCCAUCACUUCGUGCGUCAGGGAAGGUGAGUGGCAGCAAGUACUUUGUUUGCUGAAUGAGAUGCAGAUUGCGAAGAUUGCCCUCAACACGAGGACCGUCAACGAAGUCAUGGCGUCCUUUGCCAAGGUGGCGAAAUGGCAGUGGGCAAGUCUGAUCCUGGAAAUUUUGCAGGUUCCGAAUUUGAUUAGUCAGAAAAUGGCAUCUACUGUGCACGAAAGAGCUGGCCAACGCAGCCCAGAGUCUGUGAGGCCUUUCGGAGGAGAUCUGUGUCCCGACGUGUGUUCCAACACGUGUCCACUUCAAGGGUUCUGA